CUCACUGGGUGCAUCGGGAGCGCGCCCACAACACCGGGCUGGCCAAGCUCGAAGCGAACACACGCACACACCCUGAAGAGAACACUCUCGGACUUCCAAGCGAUAAAAAACGUCUGGAGUGUCUUUCCCUCCCGUGGAAUAACCCUUUUUUUCCUUUUAACGGAGCACUUCAGGCGGACUGCGAGGGUCAGCAAGGCGGUCCACCAUGACGGGAAACAGGGAGGAGGAGAGGAGGAAACUGGCCGACAUCAUCAACCACUGGAACGCCAACCGGCUCGACCUGUUCGAGAUCAGCCGGCCCACAGAGGACCUGGAGUUCCAUGGCGUGAUGCGUUUCUACUUCCAAGAUCGUGUGGCUGGCAACUUUGCCACCAAGUGCAUCAGAGUGUCCAGCACCGCGACCACGCAGGACGUCAUCGAAACGUUAGCGGAAAAGUUUAGGCCGGACAUGAGGAUGCUUUCAUCUCCAAGAUACUCCCUGUACGAGGUCCACGUCAGCGGUGAAGAGCGCCAGCUGGACCUAGACGAGAAGCCUCUUGUUGUUCAGCUCAACUGGAAUAAAGACGACAGAGAAGGACGCUUUGUCCUAAAGAAUGAGAAUGACAUCCUGCCUAAGAAGAGUCAGAGCAAUGGGCCUGAGAAAGAGAAGGACGGUGUGAUUCAGAACUUCAAGAGGACGCUGUCCAAGAAGGAGAAGAAAAAGGAGAAAAAGAGGGACAAGGAAUUUGCCCGGAUAACCGAUGGAGAUGAACAGAUGCUCAAUCGUGAGGACGGGGAAAACAGUCGGCUGGCGGCAGAGGUCUACAAGGACAUGCCUGAGACCAGUUUCACCAGGACCAUCUCUAACCCGGAGGUGGUGAUGAAGCGGAGACGCCAGCAGAAACUGGAGAAGCGCAUGCAGGAGUUCAUGAGCAGCGACGGGCGGCCCGACUCAGGCGGAACACUGCGGAUCUACGCUGACAGCCUGAAGCCCAACAUUCCGUACAAGACCAUCUUGCUCUCCACAAGGGACACAGCUGAUUUUGCUGUGGUGGAAGCGCUGGAGAAGUAUGGGCUGGAGAAGGAGAACCCCAGAGAGUACUGCAUUGCCCGGCAAGAUGACAAGUCAAGCAAAGAAAUGAUCUUGGAUGAUGGCGAGUGUCCGCUACAGACCUUCAGAGACUGGCCUGCUGACAGAGGAGCGCUCGUGUUCCAGCUAAAGAAGAGACCGCCUGACUACCAGGGGAGAAAGCCGAGGAAAGUGGAUGACAAGGCCUUGCGAGGGAAGGACGGGCCAGGCUCCUUGCCGCCUGAGAAACUGCCUUACCUGGUGGAGCUGAGCCCAGGGCGAGGGAAUCACUAUGCCUACUUCUCCUAUCGGCACCACGAAGAUGGCUCUGACUCACGGGACAAACCAAAGCUGUACCGCCUUCAGCACAGCAUCACAGAGGUGGGCUCCGACUGCACAGACGACGGAGCCAUCCAGCUGCUUGGGCCAGGCAUCCUCCCCCACCACUGCAAUCUGACGCACAGUGAGGGCAUGGUGACAGUGACGCCGCACGGCCCAGAUGCUGACAUGUUCGUGGACAGCAAGCGUAUCUCCGAGACAACCAUGCUGCGCUCAGGUGCCACUCUACAGUUUGGCUUAUCACACGUCUUCAAGUUUGUGGACCCGCUGUACGACCAGGGAGGGAAGAGAGAGCCGGCGUCCAUGAUGAGGAGCAGACACAAGUCUGGCAGUGUUCCUGAAACCACCUUUGACCUCCAGGGAGACAUCCACAGUGGGGCUUCUCUGCCCACAAGCAAGAGCUCAGGGAAGCUGGAAAUGGAACGAGGAAUGGUCAAGCCGAUGAUCAGAGGCGAGCUGCAGGACGGCAGGUCUCAUGACGUCUCAGCAGAGCGUUUGGAGCUGACUCUUCCAGCCAGCAUCGAGUUUAGAGAAAAUUCUGAAGACACCUUCCUGUCAGCUAUCAUCAACUAUACCAACAGCUCGACAGUGCAUUUCAAACUGUCUCCUACAUACGUCCUGUACAUGGCCUGCCGCUAUGUCAUGUUGCCCGCCUACAGGCCCGACAUGUCACCCUCAGAGAGGACGCACAAAGUCAUUGCCAUCGUCAACAAGAUGGUGAGCAUGAUGGAAGGAGUCAUCCAGGAAAGUCCUGAAGGGGAUCAGAAACAAAAGAACAUCGCAGGCGCGCUUGCUUUUUGGAUGGCCAACGCCUCGGAGCUGCUCAACUUCAUCAAGCAGGACCGAGAUCUGAGCCGCAUCACACUGGAUGCCCAGGACAUUCUCGCCCAUCUGGUCCAAAUGGCCUUCAAGUACCUGGUCCACUGCCUCCAGGCCGACCUAAACAACUACAUGGCCGCCUUCCUGGACGAUCCGGAGGAACACAAUCCACAAAGGCCCAAGAUAGAGGAUGUCUUGCAUACCCUGACGGGCGCCAUGUCACUACUGCGGCGGUGCCGCGUCAACGCCGCCCUCACCAUCCAGCUCUUCUCGCAGCUCUUCCACUUUAUCAACAUGUGGCUCUUCAACAAGCUAGUGACGGACACCGAUUCGGGGCUCUGCUGCCACUAUUGGGGUGCCAUCCUGCGGCAGCAGCUAAGCCACAUCGAAGCCUGGGCUGAAAAGCAGGGCCUUGAGCUGGCCGCCGACUGCCACCUCAGUCGCAUUGUUCAGGCCACCACACUGCUGACUAUGGACAAGUAUUCCAUGCAAGACGUUCAGAACAUUCACAGCACUUGCUUCAAGCUCAACUCCCUGCAGCUCCACGCUCUCAUGACCAAUUACCACUGUGCUCCCGACGAGCCUUACAUCCCACCUGAGCUGAUCGACCACGUGGUGGCGGUGGCUGAGAACACAGCUGAUGAGCUAGCGAGGAGCGACGGCCGGGAGGUCCAGUUGGAGGAGGACCCCGACCUCCAAUUGCCUUUCCUCCUACCCGAGGAUGGCUACUCCUGCGACGUGGUGCGCAACCUCCCUAAUGGUCUGCAGGACUUCCUCGACCCACUGCUGCAGCGAGGUUUCUGUCGGUUAACGCCCCACCCUCGCUCACCCGGUACGUGGACAGUCCACUUUGAGGGGACCGACUGUGACAGCCACUUCUCUGCUGCUGACAACUCUGACCUGGCAAUGAGGAAAGACCCAGAGGUCGUCACGGUGACCCUCAAGAAGCACAAUGGCAUGGGCCUUAGCAUUGUGGCCGCCAAGGGUGCCGGCCAGGAGAAAUUGGGCAUCUACAUCAAGUCUGUGGUCAAAGGAGGCGCCGCCGACAUGGACGGACGUCUGGCAGCAGGAGACCAGCUGCUGAGCGUGGACGGCCGCAGCCUGGUCGGUCUGUCACAGGAGAGGGCGGCUGAGCUGAUGACCAGGACGGGAUCGGUGGUGACUCUGGAGGUUGCCAAGCAAGGCGCCAUUUACCACGGCCUGGCCACGCUCCUUAACCAGCCCAGCCCCAUGAUGCCUCGAGCAUCAGACAGAGGUCGCGAGAAGAACGGCAAGCUGCGUCCAAAGAGCGAAGGUUUCGAGUUGUACAACAGCUCUGGGCAAAAUGGCUCUCCAGAGAGUCCGCAGCCCGGCUGGGACUCUUAUCCAGAACCAAAGAAGAUGAGCGGUGAGGAUCGGCUUCUUAAGAACCGGGCAGACCACCGCUCUAGUCCCAAUGUAGCCAAUCAGGGCCAGAGUCCUGCAGGAAAACCAGUCUAUCCUGGCGGUCCUGGCACCAAGAUCACAUCCGUCUCCACCGGAAACCUGUGCGCUGACGAUGAGCCUUCACCACCACGUCCGGAGGCUUACCCCAUCCCCACUCAGACCUACGCCAGGGAGUACUUUACCAUCCCAGCAUCCAAAAGCCAGGAUCGUGUGGCAGGUCCCGGGCCAGGCGCCUCGCAGCACUGGCAUGGCACGGAGGACAGAGAACGGCUCCCCACAGUGGACAACAUCCACAACAGCAUGCAGCGGGUCAACCACUCCCAGGAAGACAUGUACCCUCCUCCUGGACUUAUGAGGCCAGAUGAACGCAUGCAGCAGCACUACCAGCAGGAAUACCAACACCGAGACAUGGACUACCAGAGGGGACCAUCAGGUGUCGGAGGACCAGACCACUGGGGGCCGCAGCAGCAGGUUUCAUCCUCGUUGGAGUCGUCGACAUCUAGCCAGGAACACCUGAACUUCUCAAACUCCUCCACGUCCUCUGGCAAGAACCAGAAGACAGGGCCCGGUCGGUGGAAGACGCCCAAUGCCCCUCACUCCGUACCACCGCAUUCGGUCCAGCCGCCAUCCCGUUCCGACCUGCCACCUCCACCUCCACCACCGCCCGCGCCGUACCCUGACGCCUACGACCCCUACGAACCACAACCUGAGCAGCCCCUGCCGCCGCCGCCCUCUGCUUCGGCCCAACAAGCAGCCGACCGCAAAAAGCGUGAGGAGCAACAACGUUGGUAUGAGAAGGAGAAAGCUCGUCUGGAAGAGGAGAGGGAGAGAAAGAGGAGAGAGCAGGAGCGGAAGUUGGGUCAGAUCAGGGCUAACCCUGUCAUACCCGUCCAGCCUCACAACGGAGGAACCAUGCCACCUCCUCCUCACCACCAUCAGCCCCCUCCAACCUCCAUGGGUCCAGCUCAAGCCUACGCCCCCUCGCAGUCUCAGCUUCCUCCCUCCAGACCGGAGAAGCUGGCCAGCCUUCCUCGCUCAUCAGUCCCCCCCGCUGCCAGUAUCUCCAAUCCCCAAGGCAUGGACACGGUGAUCAGAGAUCUUCUACCACAGCAACAACCUCGCACCAUCGAGAGGCGAGACCUUCAGUAUAUCACCAUCAGCAAGGAGGAGCUGACCAGCGACAGCCUCUCUCCGGACCCCUGGAAGAGGGAUGCUCGCGAGAAGGCCGAGAAGCAGCAGCAACUUCACAUCGUUGAUCUCUUGGACAAAGAGAUUCAGGAGCUUCAAGCCAAGCCGGAGCGGACAGCAGAGGAGAGCGACCGUCUGAGGAAGCUGAUGCUCGAGUGGCAGUUUCAAAAGCGUUUGCAGGAGUCCAAGCAGAGCGACGAGGAUGAGGAGGAGGAGGACGACGAGGAUGUAGACACCAUGAUGAUCAUGCAAAGACUGGAGGCUGAGAAGAGAGCCAGGCAGAAGACUGCUGUCCCAGCUAUCUCUGUUCUAGACUUGUUGCAGGACGAGGAGCGGCGGCGUAAACAGCAGCUGGAGGAAAUACGCAAACGGGAGGCAGAAGAGCGUGUGAAGCAGGAGGAGGAAAGGAGGUGGAGAGAGGAAGAGCGAGCCAAGCGGGAGGCUGCAGGGAAGAGGAGACAGGAAGAGGAGUACUACACUCGCCUGGAGGCCGAGCGGCGCCGGCAGCAUGAUGAAGCGGAGAGAAAGCUGCUGACGCCGGACGAGCCGGCCGGUCUGUAUCGGCCCCCGCUGCCGAGGGACUACCAGCCCCCCGGGUCCCCCAACCCUACUAACACCCCCCCGCCGCCCCCGCAGAGAAACACCUCCUACCUCAAAACACAGGUGGCCUCCCCUGACACGCUCUACACCGCCAAGUUCGUGGCCUACACGGGCGACGAGGAAGACGAGGACGAAGCAGGAAGCGGCGGCGGCGGCCAAUCAGGUCAGGUGAAGCUGUCGGCGACCAGGAAGUCGUACGGCGACCUCCCAGCCGGCGCCACGCCCUAUCGCAGCAAGCCUCAGCCGCCGCCCACUGCACGCAAACCUCGCCCUAUGUCGGACGGCAUCUUCUUGUCUAGCUCCUUCCAGCUGCCGGCCAACAACUCCAACAGUACAGGGCCCCCCCUCCCCGCCAAACCUGGCGGCGGACCCCCAGGAGGCUUGAAAGGAUUUAACUCGUACACUGGAAACUCGUCAGGAGUUGUAGGAUCCGGAGAGUUCUACAAGGACCCGAGGGACAAAUGGACCAAGAGUCAGGAGCAGGAGAACAUCCCCAGCGGCGCCCCUCCCGAGAGUUUAACCUUUAAGGAGCGCCAGCGUCUCUUCUCUCAGGGGAAGGAGGUGUCCGACAAGGUCAAGGCGUCUCGGAAACUGAUGGAGCUGGAGAACGAGCUCAACACCAAGCAGUGAGCCACCACGGCCACUUCUGACCUCCUGUUUGUUUUAGUUUUUUAAAUAACUGGACCCCCUGAUUUUUACCACUCGGCCCCGCCCCCACCUGCCCCCUCCCAGCUCACACGUGUAAGAGAAGCAAUGUACAAAAGUUGUAAUUGUACCACAAAAUGGGGGAAAUAUAUUUUUGUCUGUAAAAGGGUGCUGGGGGGCGGGGUUGGAGGUUUAUGCUAAAUUGUAAUUGUAAUUUUUUUUUUUUUUUUUUUACAUCUUAGAUAUUUUAAGUGGCCAGCUUUUAUGCUCUUCUGCCCAGCAACAGGUUUUAUUUUUAAGGAAACACUGUUACUUCAUUCCAACAUAACGGGCUUUUUUUUGUGAUGUUUUAGGAAAACUUUGAUCUGAACGUGCACAAGUUGACUGUAAAUAUUUGGCUGGGAUGACUCUACACGCCCAAACACUAAUGUGACAUUUAAAUGUUUCCUCCAACCUCAGCUAACUUUCUUUUGAAUAAAUACUGUAGUAUUCUUUUCUUUUUUUUGCAGAGUCGUGUGAGAUUAAUUUGACUGAUCGGACAUUUUAGACUUUCACUAUAAUUAAAAUCAUAUUUAUUGUUUGUGUUGGAAGAAAGCUGCACAAAAAAAGAAUGUUUUCUAGUAUUAAAUGUCGGGCCAAACUGCUCUCAUUUUUACUUUUAAAGGGAUCUGGAUGUACCACACGUUUCCAUGACAACGGUCCCCGCUGGUGAUGUAGAAAAAGGCACUUUUUAAAGGUUUGAAAUAAAAAGCGAUGCUUUUUGAUGACAGUGACUUUAAAUUAUUUCAACAGCAGGAAGCUUUACUCACUUCACUUCCUCCAAAUCAACUGAAUCCCUUCAAGGGUUUCGUGUUUGGCCUUUUUUUGGUAAUCAUUAAUAAAUGCAGAUUUCUCAUAA